GAGGACCGCAUUCGUAAAUGACGUCACGAGAAAGUGACGUCUUUGAGCGGGAGCGAAUCGGCGGCGGAGAAUCGUCGACGACUGCCCAAAACAAACAUGGCGGACGAGCACACAGAAGCCGAACACGCGAUGGAGCAUCCCACGCCGUCGGAAAACCCCCACGCGGAGUUUGGGCUGACGGACAGCAUUCAGAGGACGCUGGAGCAGGAGAAGACGUGCAAGCAGAAGGUGGACCUGCAGGCGCUGCCCACGCGCGCCUACCUGGACCAGACGGUGGUGCCCAUCCUGCUGCAAGGCCUCGCCGUGCUGGCCAAGGAGAGGCCGCUGAACCCCAUCGAGUAUCUGGCCGCCUUCCUCCUCAAGAACAAAGCGCAGUUUGACGAGCGCAACUGAAGCCUUUUU